ACCUUGCUUCUCCACCCACCACCCUUUCAGAUCUUUGUCCUGGCUCCGCCUCUCGCCGGCGUUAUAAUGGGCUGGUCUGAAAGUGGUGGAGAGACACAGAACCACAGGGGAAGGGAGAGAUAAUGACAAUAACACUAAUAACUCUAAUAACCUGGCUGCUGCCCGCGUCGCAGCGACGAGCCAGCCCGGCGUCCCGGCAUUGACGGGAGUCGAAGCCGGAGAGAGUGCAGUAACACCGACGGCCCUCGAGAGCUUCUCCCCGCGCCCGGGGAGCGCCGAACGGGAACAGCGGCAGCGCCCCCGAGAAGAAGCGGACUCGGGCGGACGCGGAGAAGAGCCGGCUCCGGCAGCCGCCCGCCCGUCCUCUCGCGCCGGCUCCAGUGGGAUCACCUCGCCCCUCUCCUUCAACCCCAUGGAGCAGCGAGAGUGAAGAGCGAGAAGGACAAAAAGAGGGGCGAAAAGAGAGCGAGCGCCCCGGUAGAGGAGAAGCAGGUGGAAGCCGGAGGAGUCGGGAGGCAGAGCACCGCCGCCCGUCCUCCGGCGCCCACCGGCCAGGAAGGGGCAGCCCCCUGCCAGCGACCCCGGGCCGGCUGGCUGAGGCGGACGCUGAGCCCCGCUGCCCUGCAGUGCCCUACCCGCCUUGCCAGCUGCUGCGGAGCUGUCCAAGCCUGCGCGGGGAUAGAAAGCCCCUGGGUCGCCUCGCCGCCUCCCGUGAGGCCGCGCUGAGGGGCGGGGGUCUCGCCCGCCCAGCGGAGCCGCGGGGUGCGGGGGGGCCGCCGGCGCCGCCGCCAUGAAGCUGGAGGUGUUCUCGCAGCACUAUGAGGACAAGCUGAGCGCCGGCAGCGACCAGGAAGGCAGCGGCUCGCUCUCCCCGGCUCCGGCUGACAGCGAGCUGGGCUCGGACGGUGACUGCGCGGCCAACAGCCCGGGCGGCGGGACCGGGCGACCCGGGCACCCCCCGCCGCCGCCCCCGACCCCGCAGCCGCCGCCGCCGCCGGCCGAGAGCGCCAAGGGGAAACCCUACACGCGGCGGCCGAAGCCGCCUUAUUCCUACAUCGCGCUGAUCGCUAUGGCCAUCCGCGACUCGGCCGGCGGCCGCCUGACCCUGGCCGAGAUCAACGACUACCUGAUGAGCCGCUUCCCCUUCUUCCGCGGCGCCUACACCGGCUGGCGCAACUCGGUGCGCCACAACCUCUCCCUCAAUGACUGCUUCGUCAAGGUGCUGCGCGACCCGGCGCGGCCCUGGGGCAAGGACAACUACUGGAUGCUCAACCCCAGCAGCGAGUACACCUUCGCCGACGGCGUCUUCCGCCGCCGCCGCAAGCGCCUCAGCCGCGCUGCCCCGCCGCCACAGCCCGCCCGCUCCGCCGCCGCCCCGCCGCAAGCGCCGCAGGAGGCGGCCGGGGCGAGAGCCGCGUCCCCCGGCGGUUCCCCGCGAUGCUGCUGCGCCUCCUCGCCCUGCAACUGCGCGCAGGGUGCCAAGGAGGCGGCGGCGGGGGGCGGCGGGGCGAGGCCGCCGGGCGGCAGCGCCAAGUUCUCCAGCUCCUUCGCUAUCGAGAGCCUCCUCCAGCGGCCGGCAGGACCCCGCGCCGCCCCGCAGCCGCCGCCGACACCGCACGCCCGCCUCCUGUGGCCGGCGCCGCCUGCGCCCCCGCACCUGCUGCCCGGCCCCUACCCGCUGCUCCCCUACCCACCUGCCGCGCAGCCCCCGCCCCCUGCCGCCCUCUACGGCGGCGGCCUCCUGCAGCUCUGCGCCUACGGGCUGGGGGAGCCGUCGCCGCCGCCGCUGCUGCUGGGGGGCGGGCGGCAGGCGCUGUCCCCGGGGGAGCCGCCGGCGGAGCGACCGAGGGUGCCGCUCUUCCCCGCUGCCCUCGCCAAGGGCGGGCGGGGCCCGCCGCCCGGCUCCCCGCUCUACGGGCCCCUCCGUCUGGCCGGGCCGCUGCCGCCGGCGGCGGGGGGCUCGGCCUCGUUCCAGCCGUACGCCGUGGAGACCCCUCUGGCAUAAUGGAGCCCCCCUCCUCCCCUGCGAGAGACCUGCCCGGGGAGGCGUGGAGGGGGAAAGGAGGAGGCUCUGGAUCCCGCACUUUAACUCCAGAGGCGACCAAAGCCUCCAAGCAAAAGCCUCGGUGACUGUGCCUUAGUGAAAAGACAGUGGGUUUAACUUAAACCAAAAAAAAAAAGAAAAAAAAAAAAAAAAAAAAAAAAAAAAAAAAAAAAAAA